AUGAAUCGAUCCCACAAGCGCCAUCCCCGAACCCACCUUCCCGAUGCAAACAUGGUGAGUCUUCCCAUCUUGCUCUCAACGACGAUUCCUUCUAAUGCAUCAGGCAUACGUUCACUCGAGCGAGGCCUCCUAACCAAUCACCAUCCUACCAAAGGAAGCUUCCAUGUUGGCAACCCUGAGGGAAUUCACCAACUGGCUGAGUCUCUUCAGUGA